UUGAUAGUUUAGCCAUACAAGAUAUGUAUUUUACUUGACUAUUUACCUAUAUAAGAUAUGUAUUUUACUUUACUUUUUACUUUCAGUAAUAGUUCACUCAAGAUAUGUAAAACAAUGUGAGACUUGCUUUCCUGCAGUUUUGCAGUUGUUGUCCCUUUAAAUGCCUCUCCAUAGACUGUUAGUUUGUUCUAGAGCCUCAUUGAGGCUUUAUUAGAAAGAAGUGUAUCAGCUUCUUUUAGAGCUUCCUUUUACUGUUUAGACAAGCAUUUUGGUGCUCAUUAAGUGUGUAAUGUGCUGAUAUUUAUGUGGUGUUAAUAGUCUUUGCUUAUUGUAGGACUGAGUGCAGUCAUUUUGUUUGGGAAAAUAUGUAGGUUAAAUGUAAUGUAUUUAAUCUUAAUGUAGAUUUGUGGACUAUGUAUGCUCACAUUAACUUUGUUGCGAACUUACCAUUUUGGAAAAGAAACAAGCCUUGCACAAGGCUUCUAUCAGCUAGGGACUGUGCUUUAGUUUUGUCUAGUUUCUUCCGUUGAUUGGUUUUUAUUUGUUUUCUCUGUCUGGCAUGUUUGUUUUUUUCUUGUCCCUGUAGUUCUGCUGGCCGCUAGAUUACUCUACUUUGUCCUCUCCUUGACCAGAGUAGCAAUCCCCAUUUGUGUGUCUUGUUGUUGUUGUUGUUGUUGUUGUUUCUGGGAAGCACUACAUAAUCUAAUUUAUGUAUGUGUGGUACAGACAAUCUCAACAUACUCAUUCCCCCCCUUUGACCUCCUCUUAAACUAUGCAUUUAGAAAAAUAUACAAAAUGACAAAAGACUUGGACUCUUUUUUUGCCUACCAAUGUUACAUUUUUUCUCUUGCCGUUUUUGUGUAAAAUUGCAGAAACUCUAGCAUCCAGCUCCUCCAAGCACUACAAAGAUGGCGGCACACCUGGAUGGGGUCCAUGUUGUCUUCGGGCUGGUGAUCUCCGGCUUUGAGGUGAUCAAGAAAAUCGAGGGCCUGAAAACGGACUCUGCCAGCAGACCUUAUGCUGACGUCAGAGUGAUUGACUGUGGACAGCUGAUCACCAAAUCCGCAAACGACGUCCUCAGAGGCAAGAGGAGGCGAGCUGCACUGGACUCUGCUGAUUCCUCGCUCAGCUCUUCAGAGUCUCCCUACAGUUACUCCUCCGAGGAAUCAGAGGUCGAGUCCAGAGGAAAAUAUCGACACCACAAAAGGAAGAAGGCCUCCAAGAGCAAACACUCAAUGAAGAGGAGGAGGAGAGGGUCGAAAAGAAGAGAGAGACACAGUGAAAACAUACCUUUAGAUAGAAGGAGCCCUGCUGAAGAGCAAGAGGUAAAGGAGGAUGGAGACAGGGAGCAAAACGUGCGACGGGAGAAGCCUGUGGUUCGUCCAGAAGAGAUCCCACCAGUUCCAGAGAACCGGUUCCUGCUGCGAAGGGAUGCGCCUGUACAGGAGGGGAACCCAAACAUGUCAGUCCCCGACUCACACUCACCCAGGGAGAACCUAAGUUCUGAGCAAGAGAACCCUUUGGCUUCCACUGACCAUUUGAAACCAGCUGUAACCAAAUCUGGACGGAAGAUCAAAGGCCGUGGAACAAUGAGGUACCACACUCCGCCUGGUAUAAAGUCUGGCUCUGAGUCAGAAGAAGAGCGGGGAAGCAGUGAGACCCCCCCACACUGGAAAGAGGAGAUGCAGAGGACAAAGACGUACCAAGCUCCCAGUGUGGAGAAGUGGAGCAAAGGAGACAGAUGGGAUGACCGAAGUGAUAGCCCGUGGUCCAGGUCCAGAUCAAAGGAACAGUCACCUGACCAUGGGUCUGACCACUCAAGCCCACACCACCACCAUAGAAAGGACCGAAAAAGGUCCAAGCGCAAGAAAAAGAAACACAAGCACUCAAAGAGACACAAGAGCUCAACACACCAGCCCAAAGGGUCCUCAUUGUCGGAAGGAGAAAGGUCUCAUUCUUCGGGGGGGAGGUCAAAGCUGUCUAGCCAUACAGAGAGAAGAUCUCGCUCUUUGUCAUCUUCGAGACACUCCGUCAGAAGGGACUGGUCUGGAUCUGAGAGAAAAGGUCGGUUAUCUGGUUCUUCUCGAGAUUCAAGAUCUUUCUCCCGCUCUAAGAGCAGGUCCUAUUCCCGGAGCUACUCUCGGUCACACAGGAAGUUCAGAUCAUCUUCAAGGUCAAGGAGCUGGACACGUUCCAGAAGCCGAUCAGUGUCCAGAUCAAGAUCAAGGUCGAGGACAAGGUCACCUUCUCUGUCAAGGUCUAGGAGCAGAACUAGGUCUAGGUCCAGGUCUACCUCCAGAUCCAGGUACAGGGGAAGGUCAAAGUCAAGAAGGCGGCAUGUGUCCAGAUCUCCUCGGAAAGCAAAGAUGACUGACAGUGUCAAGUCCAAGACGGUUCCACUGCAGGCUACUGUUCCAAGCAUAGAGCCCAAAGCUGCACCCCCAUCAGCUCCUGAGAAUGUACCAGUUCUUCCUCUCAGUGACAGCCCCCCUCCAUCUCGAUGGAAACCAGGACAGAAGCCAUGGAAACCAUCAUACGUUCGUAUUCAAGAGAUCAAAGAUAAGACCACUCCUCCUUCGACUGCUCAAACUGGCCAAUUUAUGAACUUGGCCUUACAUAAGCAGCUCAUGUCCAGUGGUCAGACUCAGCCUGAUAAUGCAAGUGGUGUGGAUGCCCUGGGACGGCGCACAACCAGGAGCCGGAGUCUUCAUAGGCGCUCCCGCAGCCCUUCCUCAAGCAGCCGUUCUCGUAGCAGGUCCCGAAGCAGGGGCCGCUCCAGGUCAACGAUUCACUCCUCUGGCCAGUACGACAGUCGUUCCUCAUCGUACAGCAGAUCCGAUUCGUACGACUCUCCCAGGCAGGGAAGCACAACGAGGAAGUCCUCUGAGCUAGGAAAGAAACACCAUUACAGUUCUCUAAAGACAAAGCACAAAGACGCACAGCACAAAAUGCCUAGUGGUGACCAAGAUAUUAUGGCCAUGUCAUGUAGAGAGAGUGGCGCUAAUAUCCAGAAAGCUACCAUUUUCAAUCAAAAUGGGUCCAAAGGACAAAAAGAUGUGAUUAGUGCAACUCUCUCUAGCAGUGGUAGGACUCACAAUCCAAAGCCAUUACUAGCAGAAGAACCCAAAGGCAUGUCUGCUUGGGAAUGUUCUGUUGAUGUUCCAACAAUGCCUUUUAUCAGCGAAACACGUUCAUCUGGUGGCUGGGACUCUGAUAGUGAUGCAGACAAGCCAGUGCUGAAACAAACCAUGCUUAAUGUUAAACACGUUUCUGACAAAGAAGAAGGUGAGGCCACUUCUGAAUCUGAUGGGGACCACAUUUCUCCUGAGAAACUUCGAAAGCCACUUGAACAAGUGCCCCAUGCUUUAACUUCCCCUUCUUUGAAAAGUCCUGUAGUGAAAGAUCGUGCUGAGGACCAACCUGUGGAGGAGAAGCACAAGUCUAAGAAAACAAAGCGAAAACACAAGCACAAGAGGAGGAACUCUGCCAAGUCAGGGAGCCAUCAUUCAAAAACUAAAGCAAAGCGGUCAAAGAAGAAACACCAAAAGCUGAAAGAGACUUUCCACUGGCAACCUCCCUUGGAGUUUGGGGAGGAGGUGGAGGAAGAUGAGUCUGUUGUUCAAGGGAGGAACACCAAACAAAGCAGAGCCUUGAGAGAUCCUCACAAAAGAAGCACCAUCCCACAAUCAAAGCCCAGGGUUUUGGGAAAUGAGGAUCAAGUGGAAAGAGGCCACUCUUCAUCUCAAGAAAAUUCCUCAGAGGUUGCAACACCUUUAUCAAUUAAAGAAGAUGAUGAUCUGAUGAAAAGGAGACGGUCAAAGCCAAGUUACCACACAAGUCCAGCACAACACCUGGUCCCUGAUAACAGUGAUGGCAAAAACAGUGUUGAUUAUCCUAAGCAUGAUCCUCAAGAAGAAACCCAAGAUGAUCAAAUGGACAUUUGCACCCCAGAUCACCAGACCGUUCCAGAGAUCAUCACAGAGCCAACAGGGCAUAUAGUUGUCGAGAUGACACAGAAGCUGACCAAAAGUAUAUCACCUUUAAAGAAUCCUGUAAAGAGCGGAAGUCCACUUGUAGAAAGGAAGCAUGUGAUUAAGCCUACCUCAACAGUGGAGUAUCAAAGACAAAAUGAGGAAAUCCAACAAUUAUCAAGCAGCCAAGUAGCAGACCAGAUGGUUGAUACCAAGUGGAAACCCUUGAAAGGAAUCACUGCCCUACAAGCUGCAAGUGUUGUGUCUACUGUUCUGAAAACCCACAGAUCCUCUCAGAACUCAGAAGCUAAAACUCCUGGUCUCAGGAUCGAGAUCAAGAGCAAGAACCGAGUACGGCCAGGUUCCCUCUUUGAUGAGGUCCGGAAGACGGCCCGUCUGAACCAGAGGCCCAGGAACCAGGACAGCUCCAGCGAUGAAAGAUCCUUAUCUGAAGAUGCUGAUGGGCAAGGGUCUUACAGCAGGUCACUCUCAAAAUCCCGCUCUGCCUCAAGGGACCGGUCUCACUCCAGAGGGCGCUCUCGCUCCUACACUCAUUCACGAAGCAGGUCCAGGAGCUCAAGCUAUUCUUCCAGGAGCUAUAGCAGAAGUCGUAGCAGAAGGCGAUACAGUAGGGGACGUUCUCGAUCCAGGAGCAGCACUUACAGGAGUUAUCGCAGUCACAGCCGAACCUAUAGUAGGAGUCAUUCCAGAAGUCGCUCGUACACUCCACGCAGAAGGUCCAGGUCUGAUUCUUACGACAGCUACUCCAGCCGCAGCAGGAGUCGCAGCACAAGCAGAAGACGACGUCGAGGAAGGAGUGACAGCUCAGAUCGCCAUUCUAGGUCGUAUCGCUCAUACAGUCGGACCUCUUCAAGACGCAGGAGCCACAGUCAGAGCAGUCGAUACAGCUAAGGGCCACUCUACUGAGGAGUUCCAUCUUGCCAUUUUCCACAUUUUUUAAGAGCAAAUGUUCACAAGGUAUAUCAUUUUAAACGUUCUUUCAGUCAUCACUGUUCAGUGAUGAAUAUUUUUAUUUUAACCAAACGCAACGCAUGGUGUAAAGUAAUCAAGUUUAUACUGUAAAUAUAUAAAUGUCUGCAUUAGGUGCGUUUGAAACCCAUCUUUGUGUUUGUGUAGCGUCGUUGGAUACUGUGAAUCGAACAUGAUGUGGAGGUGACUGUGUUUCCUCCUUUGUUAUUUAAAAAAAAUUAAAAUAGUAAUAUAGAAUUACUAUUAUUAAAUAGAAAUGACAUUGUGUAUCAUGAUUUACAAGUCUAUGAAAGGGUGAUUUUUUUUUUUUUCUCCAGAUGUAGGAAAGGACACCUUACAGCCUACUGUAUUCUUGCACAGACAGAUGGGAGUUGAUUUGUUUUUGCAACUAGCAAACUUUGUCUUUGAGACCGACUGCAUUGUUUUAUUUUAUCUCAUGAAUGUAAAGCAGUCUUAUAACUCUGUCUUGUUUCCACCACUGAAAUGCCUAUGCAGAUUUCUCUAUCAACAAAUAUUAAAUACUUUUGCAAUAAA